AUGUCAGCCCCUCUCAUCCUUCUCCCUGGAGAUGAGAUACCCAAAGAUCAGCUUCCUCGUACCAACACCAACCCUCUAAAGAUUGGCCCUGGUCUCCGUCUACUAUCGCAGCCUUCUGCCAAAUCCACAAAGCCCCAGCAAAUUGUAGCAGCAACUCAGGCUGGUAUUUUGACGACUGAUGCCAGACGGAACCAAGUUUCUAUUCUUUCCUUCCCCAACCGCCGAUACAUCCCUACAACCAACGACCUCGUCAUUGCUCAGAUUCACCAUUCCGGCGUCGAUGUAUUCUACUGCAUAAUCACACCAAACACACCACAUGUAGCUCUGGGUCAAUUGUCGUUUGAAGGUGCCACAAAAAAAACAAGACCGAUGUUGAAAGGUGGAGACUUGGUCUAUGCCCGAGUAUUAUCUAUGGGUCUUGGUGCAGGUGCGGAAGUUGAGCUUACUUGUGUCAACCCAGCUACGGGCAAAGCAGAGCCUGGAGGUCUUGGCCCUCUUCAAGGCGGAAUGGUGUUUGAUAUCUCCACCGGUAUGGCGGCCCGGUUACUUCAGGCUAGCUCUUCUUCCUCUGACCAAAAUGACGCUGUUGAGGGACUUGUUAUUCUUGCUGAACUAGGCAAGAAGCUUGAGAGCAUUGGUGGCUUUGAGAUCGCCGUUGGGCGCAAUGGGAAAGUCUGGGUGGAUUGCGCAAACGCUGCUGAGAGUUCCACUUUAGCCUCAAUCGCUAUCGGGCGAUGCUUACAGGGCACUGAUGAAAAUAAUCUGAACACAGUGGAUCAGAAGAAGCUGGUGUCUAAGGUUCUGCGGGAGCUAAAGUUGGACUCAUGA